AUGAAGAAAGAAGGACAAUCAAUCAAAAUGAUGCAAGAUAAAAUUAUGGAAUACCUUAAGUCUUUAAGUAAUGAAAAGAAGGCAAAUGCCAACGAGCAUUUGAAAUCAGCUUGUGUUGAACUGGUGAAAAAUGUUGUUGGGGAUGAGAAAGCAGCAUCGCUUAAAGCAAUGCGGGACUCCGGAGCGAAACAAAAGUUGACAGAAAUGUUAAAAGAUGUAAAUGAUGAUAAGAAAAAUUUAGCGGAUAAUUAUGGAGAUUUUUGUAGAAAUCUUUACUGGCUAGACGUUCACCAUCGAAAACGGCGUGAUCACCAUGAAGAUCAUCAUCAUCAUGGCCUCGAAGAAUAUUUAAAGACUCAUUUAUCAUGGUUAUCUGAAGAUCAAGCAAACGAAUUGAGAAAAAUGAAGAAAGAAGGACAAUCAAUCAAAAUGAUGCAAGAUAAAAUUAUGGAAUACCUUAAGUCUUUAAGUAAUGAAAAGAAGGCAAAUGCCAACGAGCAUUUGAAAUCAGCUUGUGUUGAACUGGUGAAAAAUGUUGUUGGGGAUGAGAAAGCAGCAUCGCUUAAAGCAAUGCGGGACUCCGGAGCGAGUUUCUCACAACUAGAACAAAAGUUGACAGAAAUGUUAAAAGAUGUAAAUAAUGAUAAGAAAAAUUUAGCGGAUAAUUAUGGAGCAUUUUGUCGAAAAAUUUUUGAUGCGAAAUUAAGGCAAAGAAGAGAGCAUCCUGAUAGUCUGGAGAAAUACUUUUCGAAGCUUUUGGACUGGAUGUCAAAGGAGCAGAAAGAGGAGCUGAAACAAUUGAAAGCAGCUGCAAAUCUGAAUAUUGUACAGUCGAAAAUUAUUGAAUUUUUUAACGAAGCCAGUGGUGAGAUCAAAGAACUAGCCACCAAAUCUCUUCAGCAAGGAUGUUUGGCUUUGAUAGGAGAUCUGGCUGGUAAUAAAAAGGUGAUUGAAUUAGUGGCAAUGAAAGAUAGCGAUGUCACACGUGAAGAGCUUGAACAAAAGAUAGGCGAUAUAUUUGAAAACAUAUCUAAAGAACAUCAAAACAGUCCUGUAUUAGGAUACGAAAAACCAUGCAAAAUUAUUUAUGGAAUUGGUUCAACAAGGAAACGGAGGCAUUUGAACGAAAAUAAUCUUAACAACAUUAUUCGCUCAAAUAAAGUAUGGUUAAGUCCGGACUAA